CUCUGUGGUGAACAUAUAUAAAAUACCAGAAGUAAAAUAUGCCUUCGACGGUGUCCUGCGAGGAUCAAAUAUUGUUCACGUCGGAUGAAUAGAAGAAUAACGCGUUUGUUGUUUGAGAACGAGGCGAGCAGAAAGUCUGGGCGAAGACGAGCUAGUUAGCUGACUGUCUGCUUGGGAGAUGGAGGAGCAGGAGAGAGCUAUGGAAGAGGAUGCUCUGGAAUCAAAGCCUCCACUGACCGCUGAGGAGGAUGAGCACAAACACACCGUCCUCCACAGGUCUCAUAUCACUGAAACACAACAGGAGCCCAGGGAACCUGCACCUGAAGAGAACGAGACGAAGCCACAGUUCCCCGAGCUGCUUGUUAUCAACAGCCUAGCUCCUCCGGACAACUGGGAACUAGUCCACACUGAUAUCAAACUGGACGAACUGACACGGACAGAGAAUCAGCCAGUGAUACAGACAUCAUCACGGACAGAUGAGUUUAUCAUACUUGAUCAGAACGGACAGCCCCUACAGUGUGAACACAUGGUGCUAGUGACCAGUCAGUCAGACAACGGAGAGAUGUAUGUUAUCCCCUCUAAUCAGCUAGGAGGGGCUCAGGUGUUACUUCCUAGAGGACACCUACUGGACAUCAUAGACCCUACAGGAUCCUGCGGGGAGAAGACUGCUGAUGAGAAAGAGCUUCACACCAUCACGUUAACAGCUGUUACGGAUGACAGCGGCAGUUUGACUAUAGUACCAUCGGCUGUUACGGAUGACAGAGGCAGUUUGACUAUAGUACCAUCAGCUGUUACGGAUGACAGCGGCAGUUUGACUAUAGUACCAUCGACUGUUACGGAUGACAGCGGCAGUUUGACUAUAGUACCAUCGGCUGUUACGGAUGACAGCGGCAGUUUGACUAUAGUACCAUCGACUGUUACGGAUGACAGAGGCAGUUUGACUACGGAUGACAGCGGCAGUUUGACUAUAGUACCAUCGGCUGUUACGGAUGACAGCGGCAGUUUGACUAUAGACACGGAUGACAGCGGCAGUUUGACUAUAGUACCAUCGGCUGUUACGGAUGACAGCGGCAGUUUGACUAUAGUACCAUCAGCUGUUACGGAUGACAGCGGCAGUUUGACUAUAGUAACAUCAGCUGUUACGGAUGACAGCGGCAGUUUGACUACGGAUGACAGCGGCAGUUUGACUAUAGUACCAUCGGCUGUUACGGAUGACAGCGGCAGUUUGACUAUAGUACCAUCGGCUGUUACGGAUGACAGCGGCAGUUUGACUAUAGUACCAUCGGCUGUUACGGAUGACAGCGGCAGUUUGACUAUAGUAACAUCAGCUGUUAUGGAUGACAGGGGCAGUUUGACUACAGUACCAUUGGCUGUUAUGGAUGACAGCGGCAGUUUGACUACAGUACCAUUGGCUGUUACGGAUGACAGAGGCAGUUUGACUACGGAUGACAGCGGCAGUUUGACUACAGUACCAUCGACUGUUACGGAUGACAGAGGCAGUUUGACUACAGUACCAUCGACUGUUACGGAUGACAGAGGCAGUUUGACUAUAGUACCAUCGACUGUUACGGAUGACAGAGGCAGUUUGACUAUAGUAACAUCGGCUGUUACGGAUGACAGCGGCAGUUUGACUAUAGUACCAUCGACUGUUACGGAUGACAGAGGCAGUUUGACUAUAGUACCAUCGGCUGUUACGGAUGACAGCGGCAGUUUGACAACAGUAACAUCGGCUGUUACGGAUGACAGCGGCAGUUUGACUAUAGUACCAUCGGCUGUUACGGAUGACAGCGGCAGUUUGACAACAGUAACAUCGGCUGUUACGGAUGACAGCGGCAGUUUGACAACAGUACCAUCGGCUGUUACGGAUGACAGCGGCAGUUUGACUACAGUAACAUCGGCUGUUACGGAUGACAGCGGCAGUUUGACAACAGUAACAUCGGCUGCGGCUAAGAGCUCGGCACAGAGCUCUCAGGUCUGUUUCACCUCUCUGAAACCUCUCCCAGCCAACACCCCCAACUGGGCCCUGAGGCUUCAUAAUGCUGAGAGGAUUGGUGACUCAUACCGUGGCUACUGUAACACCGACACAGAGCUGGAGACCAUCCUCCUGCUCCACAAGCAGCAGACCAACAGUGUGUUUGGGACACGCCAGUCCCCCUCCCCUGCCAAGCCUGCCAGCCGUCUGAUGUGGAAGUCCCAAUACGUACCUUACGAUGGCGUCCCUUUUGUCAAUGCAGGCAGUAGAGCUAUAGUGAUGGAAUGUCAGUAUGGUCCAAGGAGGAAAGGCCUCCAGCCCAAGAAGACUGCAGAGCAGAACAUCAGUCCGAUCAUUGAUUACAAAGCUACAUGCCCUGCCAGGAUCUAUAUCAAGAAGGUGUGUAAGUUUCCUCAGCACCGGGUGCCUACGGAUCCUAACGUAGACAAGAGGGUCGUUCGUCAGGAACAGGAGAAAGCCUUCUUCAACCUCCGGAAGACCCUGUGGGACGUGGGCGGAGUCCUGAGGUACUACAUGCAGCUCCCCACCCAGAAAGCUCACCUCUAUCAUGACAUGGAGGCUCUCCUCCUGCCUCCUCCUCCAGACCUCCUCUUCCUCCCCAUGGAGGAGGAGGUGAAGCAGGAGGAGGAGGAGGAGGAGAGGGGAUGUGUCUGUGAGGAAGGUGCAGAGGAUGGUGGAACCAUGCCAUCUCGUCUCCACCCCAGGGUGGCAGAGAAGAUCAGGGAGUUGGUGGAGCAGGGGUACCAUCAGGUGUACCAGGUCCGUAAACAGCUCAGGCGGUUUGUGGAGCGGGAGAUGUUUAAAUCAGAGGAGGUCCCAGAGAGACAUAACCUCUGCUACUUCCCAACCGUCAACGACAUAAAGAACCACAUCCACGAGGCCCAGAAGACCUUCCAGCAGGCUGGGGGGGUCACCACUGAUAUAACACAGUGGACUGAAGUGGACCCAAUGACUGUGACUCUGACCCUCACGCCAGCCCCUGCUGAAGUCUGUUCAGGUGCCUUCCAGAGAGUAGGAGUGUUGGAGGGGACUGACACGUUCAUUCCUGAGGCCGUACAGCUCUUCAGCUCCCUGCAACCCAAGAUCUUUGCCCAGCUACAGGGUAUCCAGCUCCAACCAGGCCUGUGUUCUUUUGACGGAGGUCUGUCUCAGUCGUCUACAGUCACUACAGACUUCCUGGAGCUGCCCAGCCCCCCACAGCCCCUCUUGGUCAGCCCCACACAGUUCCUCCAGUCCAGCCCCUCUCUGGGGGAAGCUUUGACCCUAGCUGACCCCUCAGUGGUUCUGGGCAUGGGUCAGGUGGUCAUGGUGUCAUCGUUAGGGGACGGACAAGUGGUCAGCGUGUCAUCUCUAGGGGACGAGAGCGUGGGGACACACCAGAUACUCUUGGAGGACGGACAGACCAUCCCUUUCCAGAUAGUGGCUCCUGCUAAUAUUGCUCUGAACAGUCCAGUUGAGGUCAAGGAUGAGGAGAUGAGGACGGAGGAGGACACUGUCAACCCUGUAGAUUGACACCAGGCCCCACAGGGGUUGUACUCCAGGUACCCCAGGGUUGUACUCCAGGGGUGUAUCUCAUUCCUCACAGGGGUGUAUCUCGUUCCUCACAGGGGUGUAUCUCGUUCCUCACAGGGGUGUAUCUCAUUCCUCACAGGGGUGUACUUCAGCCCUCACAGGGGUGUAUCUCAUUCCCACAGGGGUGUAUCUCAUCUUUACCAUAUACUUACUGUAAGAGCGGUUGGUUUUACCUCAGGACGGUCAUGUUUAUUGAUCACGUUUAUUGUACAAUUGACUGAAAGUGCAAUUUAUCCAGUGUUUUCUCCUUGUUAUGUUUUUUGAUAUCAUCACAAGGAACUUGUUUGCUAUCACUCUUUAAAAUCAUGGAAUCCAACGAAUAUUGUAUAAUUACAGAUUUAAAAAAUAAAAAAGUAAACUAGGAGAACCCUGGAUGUAUCAAGUCGAUAUCAUGUGUAUAUAUUAGUGAAUAGGAAAUGUCUUUUUAAUAGAUUAACCCUGUUGCGUAGUCUUCUGAGAUGAUCAUGUACUUCAAUAAAGGUUUAUUUUAUUUGUUUAAA